AUGUCAAUGUCACAAGGAUUGGUGAUCCUUUUGACACUGCUAUCACCAUUAGCUUCCUCUAUUCCUACAUUAUGCACACCUGGAACACGAAUCUACAUCAAAGGAACAGAUAUCAUUCAGCAGAAUCGAGGCUUCCUAUUAUUACUUGUUUAUAUGCCAUUACAAUGCUCUCACUGUCAUCGACAAUUACGAGAAUUAAGCCUAUUAGCUGAAUCCGUGUCGGAGCUUCGAGUAGUUGUGAUAGCUCCUGGUUUCGAAGCGCCAUCGUUUGUAGAUAAGCUGCGACGAGAGUUUAAACAUUUAUCACUUGAUAGAGAUGAAGAUGGGCUAUUCGUAUCUACAGGACAUCAACCACAUGAUAUAACUCUCUAUGACAGGUGUGGACGUGUCUCCCAUAUACUUCCUCAUCGGCAAGAUUAUGUUACUUCCUAUCGCAUAAUCCUGAAUGUUGUGGAAGAAGCUUUGAAACAAGCCAAAUGCGGUUGGUGUCAGUAUGAUAGCCGUGGAAGCCGAGACUUAUCCAAGCAUAAUCAGGAAUUUCGUGCGAAGAGUAUCAACGCCUACUUUAAGCCGUCUUCUUCAUAUGGUCAGCAGAGAGAUGAUUCCAUCUAUCAGCGUCAAACAACUCCUUCCUAUCAGCAGCAACAGCAAAUUUGGUUAAGACAAAGGGAACAACAAGCUCGAUAUCCUCAACAACCUUAUGCUUCAUAUCAAACAACAUAUCCUCCAUCUAAUCAACAGGACCGUACACAACAACAUUAUCAACACAAUUAUCAACAUCAAACAGCUCAUAGUUAUCCAUCUGAUCGUUCCCGCUCUCCUUAUCCUUCCAACACUCAACAUAGUUACAAUCAACAGCAGUCAAAUCAACAUCAUCAACAACAGCAACUGAAUCAGAAUCAAAGAAAUCCUUCGACUUACUACAAUCACUUGAUUCAUCCAACCAUCCCUACAACUCCAGAAACAACAAAAAAUCCUUAUGGGCCAGAUGAGGAUUAUGAAGAUUUGGUUUCCAAAGCGCCCACUACUCCCAAAGUUCAGACACAAAUACCUCAGCCAACAUCUCCAUGGUUCCCUACGUUAGUGACUCCGCAUGUGGCGACAGGCAUAAAGAACUAUCAAAUUAAUAAGCCAUUCGGUCCAAUCGUCUCAGAGAACAACAUUCCUUGCUCAGCAUACACAGACGAUAUCUGUUUUCAGCAGCAAGAGAAGCUGGGUCGAUAUGGAUUAUCAAAGUGUUGUUCCAAAGGUAUUUAUAUCACGGAUGUUUGUAUUCCUGGCAAGUGUACCAAUAGUACUGUACAAUUGUGUUGUUUUCAAAAGUUCCUACAAUCGAAAUACAGUUGUUGUGAAGAUUCGGGACAAAGUGAAGGAACAACAAGUACCAACAAGUUCAAUCGAUGCUGUUACGAUAAGUUCAUAGAUGAUGAUCCGUGCUGUACUAAGGAAUCGGCUGCCCAGUAUUGGCCAUCUGUACAUGAGCUGUGCUAUCCAAACACCAAUGUUGAUUAUUCAAGUGUUAAGAUGGAGGUUCGAUUUGCUGAAGGUCUCAGAGUAAUAGAUUUAAACGAAAAUCGUUUAUGGGAUCAUGAAUGUCGUUAUGGAGGAAAUCGUAUUCAAUAUGCUUAUCUUCCUUAA